AUGGUCUCGUCGGAUACGCUCGCGAGCCGAAGGUUCCUCAUGAACGAACCUGGUAUCGCGGGCCCAGGGCGUACAAGCUCGGCGUGCGCCGGUGGGCGUAAUGUCGCGUACGCCAACGUCGACUUGACAGAGCCCUGCCACAAAGUGGCAGGUCUUCAGGCGGCGGUCGACGUCGAAGAUGCACGGAAGUUUAGAGCAAAAGACGUGCUUGUGCUCGAUAUUUCGCAGCGUGGCAGCAGCAGCAGUAGCAGUGGCGGCUGCGCCGCCACUGCGACGCCUCUGCCGUCGCCGUUGAAGGACUGUGCACAACUGCAUCUGUGCUUCCCAAGCACUUUACUCCGGCGACCCAAUUUCCAGUUUUCGCAGCUCGUACACACUCUCGACAAACAGACCGAAACGCGGCUCGAACGCGAAGUACAGCGCUGCUCCAAGUUUGUUUUCUACGACCAAACCUCUACGAUGAAAGAGUGCUCUCUUAACACGUACCGAAUCAUGUCCAAGUUUAUACCCUAUUUGAUGCAAGAGAAAAACUGGAACGCCGAGUUCUGGCUGUUGCAGCAUGCCGAGAACGACCAGACGGAUCGACCGGUGCCGUCAGCAAUGGCUGCCGUCGCGACGUCUGACGUUCCGUCGCCGGAAGAAUUUGCAAAGUCUUCCAGCAAGACCCCACGUGGAUCUCCCUCGACAGCCGCGGUGGCCGCGGCAGCGGCCACUGCGGCAGCAGCAAAACAGCGGUGUGAUCGUAACCCGAAUAAACGCAAGAUCAACCUUAAAAUCACGAUCCCCUCGAGCGGCUCUGGCCAAGAUACCAACAGCUUUGUACAGUCUUUUAAGAAGGAUUCCAUCCAUUACUCGCCCAACAGUUUGCGCAAAUACUUUAGCUUCCACAUUCCUGGAGCCCUCAAAGCUGACGAUGCCUUGUUACCUCGCUGGCUAAGACCGUUCACGAACGAUGCCGACCAAAAUUUGUUACGAAUUUUACACUCUUUCGAACUUCUCGAAAAGCACGAGGUUUUGCGUCUUGAACGCUGCCUACAGAUGUCACGGUCCGACACGUCUGGCCGAUUGGAUACUGCAAGCAAUGGGAGCCCCUCCAGGCCCAAAAAACUUUAUUCGUUCCGGCAAUUGCAACGCGAGUAUAGACCUAACAGGCAUGACUACGACUCCGAUAACGACGCGUACACCGAGACCAAGGAUCUCAAACUUAGAAUGGACAUUCAUGAGGAAUUGAACGACGGCGAAAAUAGAGAGAUUUUGGCCAAGCUGAAGCAACUUCGAAGUGAUUUGCCACACGAAGAUUCGGAGAAAAACGCUAAACCGAUCCCUAGUACCGGGGCACUCAAAGCCUCAGAAACGGAAGACGAAGAUGUCGUAGAGACCCCCAUGGACAACUACUUGAUGACUCGCGGAAUUCAAUCCUUUACCAAAAACAGAUACUCCAACAUUCUUCCCUACGAACAUUCGCGCGUCAAACUUGAGCCCUCCCCCGUGUGGCCAGAGAAUAAUUCCAACAAAUUUGAUACACCUCUCACGGGCUCGAAUUCUCCUGCUACGCCUCUUGUAGAUGUCAUCAGAAAGAGACGAAAUUCUUACUUCAAUCAGGACUUUCAUGCCAGAGAAAAAAAUUUGGAGUCUUCAGAAGGUAAAGGUGCCGAAAUCAGUAGCAAUGGCAGGCUUAUGGCCACACCUCACGCCGAUUCAGAGUCUGAUGGUUUCAAUGACUAUUUCAACGCAAAUUAUCUCAAGAUUCCUCAGAUCAAUGUCAAAUGCAAUUAUAUUGCCACUCAAGCGCCUUUGCCAUCCACCCUUGACGAUUUCUGGAAAGUCGUUUUGUCUAACAAGGUCAAGGUCAUUAUCUCUCUAAACUCUGACGACGAACUUGUUAUGAGAAAAUGGGAUAUUUACUGGAAUGGGAAAGCGUUGAAAAAAUAUGACGUGAGGAUCAGUAAAUCUUUCGAUAACGUUGCUGGAGUUAAGGGUUGUAUUAUGCGGGUGUUUGAGGUAUCUCGUCCGCAUAACCGUUCAAACGACUGCGGAGACAAAGAGGAUCAUGAGCGCGACAGCGGUGAGGAGAAGGAUUUGGGCAAUCUGAAAAAAUUUAAAGCUAAUGGCCUGAAGGAAGAUUCUAGUAAUUUCCCAAAGCAUUCUGCACUCGACUGUUCAACCUACACGGUAUACCAAUUACAGUAUACAAAAUGGUUGGACUCAUGUGGCAUUGUCAUGGACGAUGUCAUCAGAUUGCACCGCAUGAAAAAUCUAAUUGUUGCAAACCCUGUCGAAUUUGUACACAACUUGGAGCAAGGAAUUUCAUAUGACCAGUUAGUAGAUAUGGAACGUGUUGUUAAGUUGGACAAUGACGACAACGAGUCAAGUCCCAGCUCCCGAGAUAUUCAAGAAUCUCCAACCUUAGUGCACUGCUCAGCUGGCUGUGGAAGAACUGGAGUCUUUAUAACCUUGGACAUUCUUCUCAAUAUACUGGAGCCGCCUUGCCGGCGAUUUAAUCGGAUUGAUGUCUGGAACAUGUCACAAGAUCUGAUAUUUAUUGUGGUGAAUGAACUUCGAAAGCAGCGGAUAUCUAUGGUACAGAAUUUGACUCAGUACAUCACUUGUUAUGAGGGAAUCCUUGAUUACUUCGCAUCAAACAUCAAUUCGGAAUGUAUUGACAAUUAA